AUGAGGCCUCUUACAGACGUAGAAACGCAGACACUGUUCACGAAACUCGCCAAUUACACAGGUCGUUCGCUAACCCAACUGAUCGCACCGAGCGACUCUUCCGACGACGAUAGUGACCGCCAUGUCUUCCGCCUGCACGAGUCUCGAGUCUACUACGUCCGCCUCUCCCUUGCGAACUUAGCUACGGCUAUCGCCCGCGAUAACCUUCUGUCUUUGGGAACAUGUGUUGGCAAAUUCACCAAGACCGGCAAAUUCAGACUGCACAUCACAGCGCUGGACGUGAUCGCGCCGCAUGCUCGGUACAAGUUGUGGAUCAAGCCGAAUGGUGAAAUGCCCUUUCUAUAUGGAGGCAAUGUGGUCAAGGCGCAUGUUGGCAGAUGGAGUGAAGACUGUCCCGAACACUCAGGCGUGGUUGUUCUUGCGAUGGACGAUACACCCCUUGGUUUUGGAGUUACGGCCAGGUCAACCGCUGAGGCGAGAAAGCUUGAGCCCACUUCAGUUGUUGCGUUCAGACAGGGCGAUGUGGGAGAAUACUUGAGGGAGGAAGACAGCUUAUUCACGACUUGA